AUGGCACUCGCCGUAAAACAGCCAGGAUCCUACAUCGCCAAGCAUGUAUACAGGCUAGCAGAGACUAUUGAUGUUGGCCACUUUAAGGCUUCUUGGGAGCAGACUGUCCAAUUGUGUAGCAAUUUGAGAACGAGAAUUGUAAUGAACGAGGGAGCAUCCCUGCAAGUCGUCAUCGACAAUGAUAUCAGCUGGGAUGAGACAAGCGAUCUGUCUUUGGCAGCCUAUUUGGAUGAAGAGCUUGUAAUGGAAUAUGGAUCGCGUUUGUCGCGUUACACCAUUGUCGGCGACUCAAACGGGCCAAAGUAUUUCGUCUGGACAGCACAUCACGCCGUCAUCGACGGGUGGACAGUACAGAUCAACCUUGAAACGCUUCAGCGAAUCUAUAACAAUAGGCCUGCGCCAACGCUGCAGCCUUACGCCAAUUUUAUCAACUACAUCAGGCAACUCGACCAACAGGCUGCAGCAGACUAUUGGAUUUCUGAAUUGGAGGGUGCUCAGCGGCCUACAUUUCCACCUGCUGGCCCUCUUUUCCAAGCCGCGGCGUCAGACACCAGCGCAACGCGAGUUCUGAAUACCCGAAUUGCGUUUCCAUCUUUUGACAAAUCGUCCAUCACAAAACCCUCAGUUCUUAGAGCAGCGUGGGCGAUUAUCCUUGGCCGAUACAGCGAUACUGACGACGUGUGCUUCGGAGUGACUACUUCAGGUCGGCAAGCACCCGUUCAAGGCUUGUUAGAUAUGGCUGGCCCAGCAAUAUGUACACUGCCUGUUAGAAUU